AUGGAAAACACUUCGCUAGACCGUUUGGCACACAUCGCCAACAUCACCCACGAGCUUGGCGAGCUCGAUCGCCAGAUCAAACAGGAGAAGGCCAAACCGUCACCAGAACCGGGCAACGCCCGCUUCGAUACGCGCAAAAACCGCCGACUUGCAUGCACAUGUUGUCGCCAGCAGAAAUCCAAGUGUGAUGCGCUGGAAAAACACCCAGAGCCCUGCUCACGCUGUGCCGCCAAGGGUCUCACGUGUGAGUUGCGGCCAGACUUCAAGCGGACCGAGAAACGGGCGCGGCUAGCGGUCAUUGAGCGGCAGUUUGCCGAGUUGAGAAAAUCGUUUGCCACGCCGGACAGAGAGCUGCUGCGGGAGUACGAGAUGGCGGGCAACUUGGCGGAGAUGUUGGGCAAAACCCGUCAGGACUUGGACCGCCUGGACAAGGAGAAGAUGGAAAUGGACAGGAAACUCGACAGACUCGACAAUGUGGACGUUUACGGAAAAGACAUGUACACCAAGGAUCUACACGCCAAGGAUCUCUACGCAAAAGACCUCUACGCCAAGGACCUCUACGGAAACGAUGUCUACAGAAAGGACCCCAGCGAGGACCCGUACGCCAAAGAGCCGUCGGCCUUGGGCCACGAAAAAGUCGACUCGGUUUCCGGAACUGCGUCUGCGCCCGGGUCCGUGCCCGACCUCUCGUUGGGCGGGCUCUCGUCAUUCUCGGGCUCCUCCGAGACAUACGACUUUGCAUGCGAGGAGAAAAGCAUCGGUGGGUUUUCGCUUCUGGCCGAUGCCAUCCGCCGUUUGUUUCGUGAAUAUGUGCGCUGUUACCACCCGCUUUUGCCCGUGGUGGAUGUGCUGAAGGGCCCAGAACGUAUCUAUCGUCUUUGCCCUGCCCUCUUCUGGGUUCUCAUGUUUGUCGCCCUCCGCCGAGGAGACGACGCACUUCUUUUGCGCUUGGCGCCGCUCGUCAAGGAUAUCCUUGCUGAAAUCACAAUCUCUCCCAUCACGCGGUACAAUCCGACCGAGGAAGACGAGCCCAUCAUGAAUGCCUGUUCUGUUUACUCUGUUCAAGCGUUCGUUCUUUACACUCUUUGGCCGCCGCUCACUUCUUCCUUGAGCGCAGACUCGUCCUGGAACACUAUUGGCGUGGCGCUUUUCCAGGCGAUCCGAAUCGGGCUCCACUCGCCCAAAGAAGGCGCUCUUUCCGCAGAGCACACGAAAACUUGGGUUGUGUGCAACAUCGUGUCGCAGAACAUUGCCACAGCGUUUGGGUUUCCUGCUUUUGUCCAGUUUGAUUCGCUUGGCCAGCCGGACGUGCCUCCGGCGACCCGCCACCUCAUGGAAAUUGCACGUUUCGAAGAUCAGGUGGCCCGCACGCUCGGCCCAGAUUCGGUCGGCGAAAGAAUACUGUUGCUCAAAGUUUUGAUUCGUCAAUUAGACGAGCUCGAAAUGCGGCACGCGCUUGAAGCCGGCGACGACCGAUACAGAAAGUUCCGCCACAUCGUGGCUCGUGUGCACUUACUCACAUACUAUUUUCUAGACACGGACCGCAUGCCUGCGCUAGAUCUCUCCAAAGGCUUGGUACGCUUGUAUAACGCGGCUAUUGCUCUAAUCAACCAUGUUGAGAGGUGCCAGGCGCAAGACCGCAACUUUGUGCGUUUUCUUCCGGCUGUGGCGAUACUAAACAUUUGGCUGGCCUCCUGUAUCAUUGUCAAGUUGGCCCAUUCUCCGUUGAAGAUGGUGCUCGAUGUCGACGCCGGGAAAAGAAUAUACGCCACUGCCGUCUCGCUUGUGGCCAAGGCUUCCGUGUUGAAGCACGACAUUGCUUACCGAGCCAGCGGAAUCAUGCGUAACAUGUGGCUGUUGUUCCGAACGCUCGACGAAAAAAACGCUGCUGGAUUAGCGCUAAAAAUCCGCUCCAGGAUGGCUGCAUCCGUCUUCUUUGACUGUUUGCUGUUGCUCCGUGACCAGGUGGGCAUGGCAAAGUUGAAUAUACGCACAGACCCCAAUGUGCCAGACGAAGCGGGCGACAAUGAUGAAGCAAUCGUUUCUUCCGAUGAUAACGCGCCUGAAAUCAGCGGUUCGACGCCUGGAAGCACUGGUCUGCGAAAGAAACGGUCGCUUUCGGGCGUGGACGAUGCCGAGUCGAAGGCCCGUCGCAUUAUUCGGACAAUCCCGUUGGACCCGCAGCCUAUUCCGGCGAAAAAGAGUUCCAUUUUCAAAGUGAUCAGCAGCGAGAGUUCACCGGGGACACUUCGAAACGGCACGCCGGUGUUUGUGGACUUCCAAAGCGGCAACGGGCGCCAAUCAGAGUCGCCGGCGCAUAAUGUCGAGUUGGAUGCAUUUGACAUCAACAACCACAUGCUCUGGAAAGACGUGGACAGCCUUAUGAAUGACUUUGGCUUCCACACGUGA